CGGGUAGGAGGUUUGGUUAAAGACUGAUGUCAAUCCUACUGUUUCAUGCAAUUUUGAACCGCAUUUUGGCACCAGAGGCAAAAAGUUUGCCCACUUUUGGGGUCAGUAAAUGCGGCAUAGUUAGCCAUCUUGGAUGAUUGUGACUGUUAAAAACUUAAAACAGCCUUUUAACGUUUUUGUGUGUGCGUGUUUUGUGAAUUUGAAAGCCAACAACAGCAACUUAAUUGUCGCGUGUGACCGGUAGGUGUUGUUGGCACGGUUUAUCGGUGAAUGUCAGUUUGUUUCGUUUCUCAGGAAGUAUUUUAAUUUGCUGUCUCCAUCCGUUCUGUGAGGCGUGUCAUCGGGGGUGCUGUGAUAUUACUCUAGAGGAGUACUGUUUCCUUAUCAGAGCGACCUGUCCGUGAGAACUUCAAGAUGUCUCAAGACACGCUAGCUGACGGUGCCGACCGACGCAGUCGACGGAUCCUCGUCUGCGACUGUCGCUCAGAUGUGCUGGUUACGUCUCGGAUGGAUGCAACGUUUUCCGACUACAAUGACUUUCUCUGUGACCUAAGAAAGAAAUUCUCUAUCAAUUCAGGUCAGACGUUUGUGCUCACCACCACAGACAGAACAGUGUUGGAUUUCGACACAUUUGCUGAGCUUCAGGAUGGUUGUACACUGUACUUACUUCUCGAAGUCAACCAAGUUCUGCCGACGGCGAUGGAGGAGCAAAUCACCUUCACUCCACAUUAUAACACUAUAAUCAAGUGUGGCAUUGAUGAGUACUACACCACUAAGGGCAGGGAAGCACUGCCCUAUGCACUUGCUGAGCUCAUCGACAACGCUUUAUCAGCGACUGUGAACAACAAAGACAGAAGGACAGUAGAGCUGAGAAUGCUUUUCGACAACACUCGUGGGAUACCUACCAUUGUUGUCUUAGAUAACGGACAUGGAAUGAAUUCCAAGGGCCUCAAUAACUGGGCUGUGUACAGGCUGUCUAAGUUUAACAGGAAAAACAACCAACUGGAAAGCCAGUGUCAGGGGUAUGAGCCUCCUACACCCACCCGUCGAAGUCUCAACAGUGAUAUAUCCUUUUUUGGAGUUGGAGGAAAACAGGCUGUUUUCUUCUUCGGAGACUCAGUCAGGAUGAUUAGUAAAUCAGUGACCUCCCCAGAUGUUCACGAGCUGAUCGUGUCAGCAAAAGAGUUUGAGCGAAGAGAAAGAAACCAAGAGGACGUUUACAAGGGAACCAUCAAGAACAGAAAGCCAGGCGAUUCUUCUCACGUGAGCCACAACGAGGCAUUUCUGCAUGAGAUAAUCGCAGAAGAAGUCGGAAAAGAAAGCUUCACGGCCGUGGUCAUCACUGGACUCAAGGCGGAGCGUAUAAGCUACCUGACAGAGGAGUACCCCAAGUGGACCACUCAUCUUGCUCACGUGUAUCACUAUUACAUCCACGGAGAAAAUGGAAAUAAUUUAAGUCUUCCAAACUCAGACCACUCAAAUAUCGACAUUCAGGUCAUCAUGCAGAAAAAGAGUUCCAGACCUCCCUGUGUGCUGAAUCUCAGGGAAGUGGAUACAGACAUGCAGACUCUGUACAUCAAUACUGCUGCCGACACAUUUGAGUUCAGUAUCAGCACUGGACUAGACGGAGGCAGAGUGGAGGGAAUCAUCCGCUAUCAUCCUUUUCUGUAUGACAGGGAGACCUAUCCUGAAGACACAUUCACUGCGCAAGAAGAUGAAGAUCCUGAGAAUGAGGGUGAAGUUCAGAACACAACAGGAAAAAACAGAGACAUUUUUGAGUGUUUCUGGAAUGGACGGCUCAUACCGUACACCAAAAUAUCUGACUUCAGCUGGUGUACCUGGUCUGCAAAGGAGUGUUGUGGUCCCGAAGAAUGUUACCGCCGGAUUUCAGGAGUGCUUUUCACCAACGACAAAUUCCGUGUCACCAACAACAAGCUGACCUUUGUGGACCUGGAGCAGAGGAUAAAGAACAAGAACGCCAUCUUCACUCGUGUUGUCAAUAAACAGGAACAAAGAGCCAACAUUCAGAAGGAUUUCAAACUCUGGUUAGAGAAGUGUCACAUGGAGUUUGACAAGCAAGUCAAGUUCAUGGGCGUCAAAGAAAUCAUAACAAGGACCGAUGUGAAAACCAAGAUUAAGCAGCACCCGUGGACGAGCUUUGGUGCCAUCGAAUGGGAUGGAAAAACAUACAAAAAGGAUCAGUUGGUGAAGUCAAAGAAAACAAAACCCUUUUAUUAUGGUAAAGUGGUGCGGUUUUUGCUGUUUGGAGAAUACAAGAAAGACCUCUUCGCCACAGGAGGAGCAGUGGAGAUUUGUCUGGAACCCAAAGCACUGCACAAUACCAACAAAGUCAUCCUCAUCUCCCAGAUCGACAGAACAGCUUCUGACAAUGACAUCAAGAAAAAAAUCAUGGAUGACGACAAGAAGCGUCCACAUGAGUUAAAGGUGGAAUGGCCAGACUGUGAACCGUGGUGUAUGAAUGAUGUUCACCCAGCCGGCACUCCACUGGGAAGUCUCAAAGUGGCAAUCCUGAACAAAAAUGGAGAGAGCUUGUCAAGGAUGCCGUUAAGCCAGACGGUCAUCAAACUGAGCGUCCAACUAGUGGUGGUGUACCAUGUUCAUAAAACAGAGGAACUCGUGGUCGAAUUUAUUGCCCAGCAUGCAGAAAGAUGGCAAUAUUGGUUCAAGAAAAUCGAGGGUUUGACGAAACCUGGGAAAUACACCUUGUAUCUUAACACCAUCAUAAAGGACACCAGAGACAUCAGUUAUGGAGAAGAGAAGCUUCCUUCUUACUCCCUGAAGUUCACCAUCACAGAGGGCAGCGCUAAGACUUUUGUCAUGGAUACAAUCAACACAUUUCAACAAGUCGGAGUGCCCUUCAACAUCUCUCUGAAGCUGAAAGAUGCUUUUGGAAACCCGGGGAAGUGCCCUGAUCUGGUGCCUGAACUCAAGUGCAGUGACCUGAAAGUGAGUCACAAGUCAGUGGAGAGGAGCGGGCCCACCCUCGUCAUCAGAGACGUCACAGCAUUGGGAAAAGUGAAUUACCAACAGUCCAAGACCUACAACCUGGAGGUGACCCUGCCUGGACUGCAGCACCACACACAGGCCCUGAAGAUCAGUCUGAAGCCCGGUCCUCCACAUUCCCUGCAUGUGAAGACGGAAGGCGAUCAUGCCGUAGUUGAGAAUGGAAACGCUGCGACAUUUGACGUCGAAGUCCUCGACCAGGCCGGAAACAUCACCACUGACUCCAAACUCUUUGUUUGUUGCACGGUGGAAGGACUUCCUCUAGCACAGUGUGACUGCAGCUGCACCGGAGCAGGACAGAUCAGGACCAAAGUUGUGGAGAAGACUUUGAGCAGGGGGCAACCACAAAUGCUCGAAGUUCACUUUAAGUGUUCAAGUGUUAAUCACAAAAACAUCGCCCAGGUAGUAAAGAUGUUGAAAGUGGUGCCCAGCAAAAGAGUGUCACUCAUUAAACUCUUCAGUCAAAACGACACCAAUCUGGAGAUCAAGAACGAGGACAGGGUAGAGUGGCCGGCUGGAAGCUCUUUGGAGAAACUCGUCUACAGCCUUUUUGAUGAAUCCGGGCUCCCGGUUCCACUCACUGACAAAGUCACAUCUGAGAUCAAGGUUAACUGGACCACGCACUUAAACGUGGAGGAUCUGGCUCAGGGGAGGCUUCCUGUGAUCCAGGUGCCAACAAAGGUGUCCAAUGACUUCUUCUGCCAUGUGUCCUGCAGGACCGUUGGUAUCUCUUUUGUAGUCGUACCUCGUCCGGACGAGCCAGCGAAUAUCAGAGCCACUAUUUCCCAGAAAGAAGUGAAGCUGGGGGAGACGCUGAGCGGAACCCUCACCUUAGAACUUGUGGACCAGUAUGAGAACCCGACCAAGACUCUGAGUCCCAGCUGUGUGACGCACAUGACCGUGGAGGCUGAAGGCCUGGACUCGUCGGCCGUGAGCUUCACGUGGCUGGAGGACAGUAAGUCUGUCCAGGUGACGGGACUCUGUCUCCAGGCUGGGACACCGGGCAUCAGAGACAUAAGAUUCUCUUACUUGAAGCAUGAGACGAGCGUCACUAUCAAAGUGACGGCCGGAGAGCCGGCACAACUCAAACUAGUCAGUGGACCUGAGGAGCCCCUAGAUGUGGUGAACGACUCUGGUAUCUCCACACCGUUCCUCCUUCAACUCUAUGACAAGUGGGACAAUGUGUCCACAGACAAGCGUGUGACGGUGGAGUUAAAGACUUCUUCUCCAGCACUGAAGGUCAAGACCGCCGCUAUUUCAAAGCCAGUGAAUUCAGAGGGCAGAGCCUCCUUCAGCGUGAUCAGCCUGAGCGGACCAAAGGGGCCCUAUCGACUCCUCUUUCGAGGUUUAUUCAACAACAAACCCAUCACCGGGCCCUCGGUGUAUCUCACCAUUCUACCAAACGCCAACAAAGCCGUGAAGCUGACAGUGAAGUACGACACCACAGCCAAGCUGCCAGCAGGGGGCAUAUUUCCUGUGUUCACUGUGACUGUGGUGUCAGAUGAAGGACGUCCAUUGAUGCCCAGCGCUGCUCUGUUGUCCAUGUGGCUGUGGAAGGCACAGUCAUCGGAAACCAAACCUUCAAAUGCCACUGAGCUGAAGUGUUCUAAACCCCUGGAUGAUGAAAGAAAAGACUGUUUUUACUUUAGAAACAAAUACAUCCCUAAAAGCGCUGAAACGUACAGCAUCCAGUUUUCUGUCCUCACGGACACGUCCAACGUUCUGUUCAGUGAUAAGAUCACUGCUGACGUCGUGGCCAAUCAGCCGGUCAGACUGGGACCCAGCGUCCCGCCUCCAGUCCCGGUGAUCUCCUGCUGCACAGACAUUGCUAGCCGCACGCUGGUGAACGAUCUGACCCUGAGGAUCGUGGAUGCUCAUAACAACCCAGCGGGGCGAGAGCUGAGCGGUGGGGUAACUGUUUCUAUCACAAGCUCCCAACCCAACAGAAGUGUCCCUCUGUUCGAGGGGACGAAGAAGAGGCUCCUGUUGAAGCUGGAGGACGGAGAGGUCCACGUCAGACGUUUGGCUGUGGUGGAGAACAGCCCCGGUGAGGACGGCAGUGCGUACACACUCGUCUUCACGCCGGUCGUAGACUCGAUUCCUUCGUUACAGAGUUUUGAGCUCGCGUUCCAUUUUUUUAACGAUAAAAUUCACCAGCAGAAAACAAGUGGGAUGCUUCGGAAGCGAGAUGAGCUCCAGACUGCAGUUGAUAAGCUGAAAGAAUACAUCGAUAACAGCGACCAACUACUUCAAUUGUUUAAUGAGGCUUUCAACAAAGCAAACAACACAGCAGUGGACCUCCGAAAGUCUUUGAUCAGCAAGAAAAUGGAAGCACCAGAAUCGAUUCAAGACAUAGACCAACUCCUGAGCCGAAUCAGAGUGGAGGCUGAAACUAUGCAGAGUUCCUCUCGCAGACUCUGCAACAUCAGGGACAACUUCAAGGGACAGCAGGACGUUGUGGGAGUGGUAGGACACCUGGGCUACGUGCAGGACGAUGACGCCGCCAGAGCCAUCUCCUGGCAGAUGAAGAGUUUCAUGGAUUGCGUGGUCACCAGAACCACAGAAUCAGCGAAAAGAAUCUUUGACAGCACAGACGGACGGCAGCAGGUCCUGCCCCUGGACAGCAUAUUUUCAUCACCAUCCAGAAGCCUGCCACAUAUAAGAAAUGAUCGGAUGCUCUUUAAUCCCACUGGAAACCCCGUCUUCGCCAGAGACCUUCUGAUUUACCCUCCUGAUAACAAUAGAUCAGAACUUGAAACAGUCUUCACAAACUUCCUCAAAGACACUCUUCUGAUUGAUGACCUGCAAUCUGGCACCAGUUACAGGAGAGAAAUGGCGAGGCUCAAGAUCAGCUGUCCCACCAUACUGACCAGGGACGGCGUCAGGGUCAGUUCCAUGGGCACGUUUGGAGGAACACAGAACCGAGCUCCACCCAUGAGUCAGAUGUCAGUGUUUGGAGCUCCGCUCCCUCCACAGUACUACGCUCUGCAGCAACAAGCAGACGCCCUCAGCCGUUACCGACAGGCUGUGGAGAAAAGACAAGCAGUGGCCAAAAAGGUUGAGAACCAGCGUCGGAAAGUGUCGUCAUUGGACAUGAACAAGAAGAAGCAGGACCUGACGGAGAAAACCAAACAGCUGGAGGAGAUAAAAGCUCUGCUAGAAUCCACCUCUGAGAGUCGGAGGAAAAGAGUUUCGACCGAAACUUCUCAAUGUGAUGCCAGUGCAAGAAAAAGACCUAAAUAAAUAAAUAAUAAUAAUUAAAAAAACAAAAAAACUACUGCAGUUCA